AAUGUACCUGGGGUACGUGUUUGGGAUUAGAUACAUGAGAGGACUUUCAAGUGCUUAAAAGGAUUUAGUUCAGACUCUGUUGUCACUAGUUGUGUAAACACAACACACAGUAAAAGUAUCUGAAUUUGUUAGUGCUUCGUCCAGAUUAUAUUAACACGCGUUUCUGUAUAAGAAAACAAAAAAAAAUCCACGCUAUAUACACCAUAAAGGCCCCACCUUCGACUGCUUUCAGAUUAAGUUUACUUUUCUAGUCUAACACAAGCUAGAACUACAACUUAUAUCGCCGCUUCAACUUCAAGGUGAAGCCUAAAAUGAAAUAAAGUUAUUUUAUAUUACAGCGAGUGAUGCGGAAACUAGGAGGAUGGAAGUUGUAUCACGUUCAUCCUUAGUCAUUAUAUACUAUUAAAAGAGCAAAUCCAGCUCAGAAAACAUCAUUAAAAAUGAAAUUAAUUCAGUCUGACGGUUUUCAAACUGAGCCAAUGAAGAGAAGACGAGAGAAGAUGAACUUCGGACGGAAUCCGCUGUAAGCUCCACUAGCGCGCCGCCGCUGGUUUGAUUGACACUUGUCAACAGCCAGUAGGAUAUUUAGAACGCUUGCAGGGGCGUUUCCAGGAAGACCGCCUUACAUUUUCCUGUAAUGGCGGACCAGACAGAAAGCGAGACUAUCGGGUUCGGCGACAACAGAAUGGCGCAGCAGGUUGCCCGGUUUCGCAACCCCACUCCUGCCCCUGCACCGCCACAGACCCCAGUGCUACGAGGACCUCCCCCGCUCCUUAGGCCGCCACCACCGCCUUUUGGGAUGAUGCGUGGACCCCCUCCACGACCACCAUUUGGACGCCCCCCAUUUGACCCAAACAUGCCACCCAUUCCACCUCCGGGAGGCAUGCCCCCACCCAUUGGACCCCCACAUUUACAGAGACCACCAUUCCUCCCCCCUCCCAUUGGCAGCCUUCCUCCCCCUCCAGGGAUGCUGUUUCCUCCUGGUAUGCCUCCUGUGUCUGCAGCAGGAGCACCUGCCCCUAACCCUGCAGAGGAGAUUUGGGUGGAGAACAAAACACCAGAAGGAAAGGCCUAUUACUACAAUGCCAGGACCCGAGAGUCGGCUUGGACUAAACCAGAAGGUGUCAAAAUCAUCCAGCAGUCGGAGCUUAACCCUCUCCUUGUCACCGCUACUGGAGGGACCAGCGUGGGUGUAACAGCAGCUGCCAGCUCAAGCAGUAUCAACACAACAGCAAGCAUUUCGGCAGCCUCUCCGACGCAGGCCCCAUCAAGUACCCCCUCCCGUACGCUGAGCUCCAGUCCGGACUCGGUGACUACUUUGUCGCCCUCAGUUUCGAUGGCAGCCCCAGUUGUAGCAGACCUUCCUCUGGUUACGCCGGAGACCUCCACUGUAGCGGUGUCUCCAGUCACUGUCGUGACCGUUUCUACGGUGCCAUCACCUGUUACGGCAGUUCCAACGGUUCCGUUAUUGCCUGCCGCGCUGCCUCACAGUGUGGCCCAGUCCACCGCUGCGAUACCCGCGUUUCCCCCUGUCAUGGUGCCCCCCUUCAGAGUACCUCUGCCAGGAAUGCACAUCCCCUUACCAGGUGUAGCAAUGAUGCAGAUAGUAGGUGCCCCGUGUGUAAAGGCAGGCCCCAACGCUAACGGCAUGCUUCCUGGUAUGGGUCCGCCGCUCGUCUCUAUGAUGCAUCCUCAGCUGGCUCUCUCUGCUGCUCCCGCCUCCAUGGCUGGUUCACUACACCUUCCCGAGUGGAUGGAAUACAAGACAGCUGAUGGGAAGACCUACUACUAUAACAACAGAACACUGGAGUCCACGUGGGAGAAACCACUGGCAGUCCUGGAGAAAGAGAAAGAAACUGAAAAGCUGAAGGAGCGUCUCCUGCAGGAAGAAGCUGAAGCCAUGGAGAUGGAGGAUGAAGAAAACAAACUCCUCCUCCUCAAUGACAAGGAGACUAAAGAAGCGGAGAUGACGGAGGAGGAGAAAGCGGCUCAAAAAGCACGACCCGUCGCCACCAACCCAAUCCCGGGGACCCCCUGGUGUGUGGUGUGGACCGGGGACGACCGGGUCUUUUUUUACAAUCCAACCACGCGGCUGUCCAUGUGGGACCGACCCGAGGAGCUGGUGGGUCGAGCUGAUGUUGACAAGCACAUCCAGGAGCCGCCACACAAACGAGGUUUGGAUGACUCAAAGAGGAUAGGUCUGAAGGAUGACGAGCUGGGCCUGUCUGCUGAUGGCGAUCUGGACGAUGAGCACAACAAAGCAAAGAAGCGCAAGAAAGAGGACAUGAAAGAAGGGGAGUCAGAUAAGGAGGUCGCCAUGGAGGCCGAGCUCCGUGCUGCCAGAGAAAGAGCCGUGGUGCCGCUGGAGUCCAGGAUGACACAGUUCAGAGAAAUGCUGCUGGAGAGAGGGGUGUCUGCUUUCUCCACGUGGGACAAAGAGCUUCACAAGAUCGUGUUUGAUCCCCGGUACCUCCUCCUCAACCCUAAAGAGAGAAAACAGGUGUUUGAUCAGUAUGUGAAGACCCGCGCUGAGGAAGAGAGGAAGGAGAAGAAGAACAAGCUGAUGCAGGCCAAAGACGAAUUCAGGAAGAUGAUGGACGAGUCCAGAAUCACAGCCAGGACGACCUUUAGUGAAUUUGCAGUCAAGCACGGUCGAGACCCCCGAUUCAAAACCAUAGAGAAGAUGAAGGACAGGGAAGCCAUCUUUGUUGAGUAUGUCACUGCCAUGAAGAAGAGAGAUAAAGAAGACUCCAAGUCCAGAGGAGAGAAGAUGAAGCAGGACUUUUUUGAGCUGCUCAGCGACCAACACAUCGAGGCGGGCCAGCGGUGGAGCAAGGUCAAGGAGAGGCUGGAGACAGACCCCCGGUACAAAGCUGUGGAGAGCUCUGCGCUCCGAGAAGAGCUCUACAAGCAGUACAUGGAGAAGCUGGCCAAGAGCGUGGACCUGGAGAAGGAGCGCGAGCUGGAGCGGCAGGCCCGGAUCGAGGCCAGUCUCAGGGAGCGGGAGCGGGAGGUGCAGAAGGCCCGGUCCGAGCAGACCAAAGAAAUCGACAGAGAAAGGGAGCAGCACAAGAGAGAGGAGGCCAUCCAGCAUUUCAAAGCCUUAAUGUCUGACAUGGUCCGGUCUUCAGAUGCAACCUGGUCUGAUACUCGCCGCAACCUGAGGAAGGACCACCGCUGGGAGUCGUCCUCACUGCUGGAGAGAGAAGAGAAGGAGAAGCUUUUCAAUGAGCAUGUGGAGGCACUGGCCAAGAAGAAGAAGGAGCACUUCAGGCAGCUGCUGGAUGAGACCAGCAUGAUAACGCUCACCACUACAUGGAAGGAGGUGAAGAAGGUCAUAAAGGAGGAUCCUCGCUGUAUCAAGUUCUCCUCCAGCGACCGGAAGCGGCAGCGGGAGUUUGAAGACUACAUCAAAGACAAGUACAUCACAGCCAAAGCUGACUUCAGAACCCUUCUGAAGGAGACCAAGUUCAUCACGUACAGAUCCAGAAAGCUGAUCCAUGAGUCGGAGCAGCACCUGAAGGACGUGGAGAAGAUUCUUCAGAACGACAAGCGAUACCUGGUUCUGGAGUGUGUGCCCGACGAGCGGCGCAAGCUCAUCAUGUUCUACAUAGAGGACCUGGACCGGCGUGGCCCACCGCCUCCCCCCACUGCGUCUGAGCCCACACGGCGCUCCAACAAGUGACCAAGUCCCUCCCCAACUCCUCCCCCUCGACCCCUUAUUUGGACUGAGCAUGACCUCCUGGUAGCCCCUUCAGCUCGACUGGCCUUGCUGUGUUCUGUCACUGGGAAAUGAUGAUGUUCCAUAGAGAAAUGCAAUGGGAUGAAAGGUCAACGUUGUUAUGUCACCUCUCAGUCCCUGUACUAGUUCAGCAGCCGAGGCAGUUCAGGGUCUGACAGAGCCCCUCAAUGCCACGGAGGAAGGGGGUGUAGAAAAAGGCAGCGGCCUCAGAUUUGUACCAUAGAAGAUGUAAAUGUGAGCGAGUGCGACCGUGUGUGAGUGUGUGUGAGUGUGUGUGUUGGCGCGCAUGUGUCGGAGGCGUCCCCGAAGCCUUACUGCUCCACUGUGCCGGUCUUCAUUUCAGAGGCUCAGUGUGAAUGUUAGUUUUUGCUCAGUGGUGUAACCAAAUGUUGCAGCAGUUUCUCUGUUGAACAAAAUAAAGGAGAGUUCCACUGUUUUUCAAUAA